CAUCAUCAUCAUCUUAUUUACCUACUUUCCCCCAAAUUAUUAAUAUUCUCUCUUAUCUCUCUCUCUUUUUUUUCCUUUAAUUUGUUUUUUAUUCUCUCUUUCUUUCUUAAUUCUUCAAAAAUCUCUCUGCUUUUGCUUUUUAAUUCCUUACAUUUCACUCUGAUAAACCCCGGAUCUCCGAUCCACCCACCAAAACAAAAAUCUUCCUGAGAUUUGAUCAUCUGGUUCGCCACAAAAUCGCGUCUUUUUCAUUCUUGAUUUAUGGGAAACAUCAGCAGCAGCGGAGGCGCCGGUAGACGCCGUAGACGGCGGAGUAAUACGCUUCCAACGGCGGCUCCACCACCUCCUUCUCUUCCUCCACCACCACCUCCUCCGGCGACAGAAAUCCCAGCUAAUCGCAUCGUAUUCGCCGCCGCUACACCGUACCCAAACCCAAACCCAAAUCAGCAUUACCAGUACCCUGGUUACUACCCUCCUCCGCCGGGAACCAUGCCGGUUCCUCUUCCGUCGCCGUACGACCACCACCACCUUCAUCAUCCUCACUAUCCUCCUCCUCCGCCGCAUCCUUAUCACAACCCUCACCCUUGGACCGCCGGUGGGAGAUACCCUUAUUGUGCCCCCAUGAUGCCUGGGGAGACUCCUUUUGUCGAACAUCAGAAAGCCGUCACCAUUCGUAACGACGUUAAUCUCAAGAAGGAGACUUUGAAGCUUGAAUCCGACCCCAAUUCUCCGGGUCGGUUUCUCGUCUCCUUCACGUUUGAUGCUACCAUUUCCGGAAGGAUUACAGUCAUCUUCUUUGCUAAAGAAUCCGAAGAUUGCAAUCUCACAGCCACAAAGGAAGAUAUUCUGCCACCAAUCACCAUGGAUUUUGAGAAAGGGCUUGGUCAGAAGUUUAAGCAACCUUCUGGUUCGGGUGUAGAUUUUUCGGUCUUUGAAGACUCUGAGCUGUUCAAGGAGGCAGACACAGAUAUCUAUCCGUUGGCUGUUAAGGCAGAAGCAUUUCCUUCAGGUGAUGGUAAAGAAGAAAGGUCGGGAUCGAACAAUGCGCAGAUUACUCAAGCGGUUUAUGAGAAGGAUAAAGGAGAGAUUAAGAUAAGAGUGGUGAAGCAAAUACUAUGGGUCAAUGGACUGAGAUACGAGUUGCAAGAGAUCUAUGGAAUUGGGAAUACAGUUGAUGGCGAUGAGGAUUCAGCUGACGAUGCUAAUGAUCCAGGGAAAGAAUGCGUUAUAUGUUUGUCUGAACCACGAGACACUACUGUUCUUCCAUGUCGACACAUGUGUAUGUGCAGCGGAUGCGCUAAGGUGCUAAGGUUUCAGACAAAUCGAUGCCCGAUAUGCAGACAACCUGUGGAAAGGCUUUUGGAGAUAAAAGUUCACGGCAAUAGCGGAAGCGGGAACAAUACUGCACAAGGAGGAACAGCUGAAUAAGAGUAGCUAAAUACAAGCUGAGUGUGGAUCGAGGGGAUUAGCUUUCCAUCGACCUAGCAUCGAUAUAUUAGUAUAUAUGCAGUAUAUAUGCAUGUUUGAUCCUUAUUAUGUUAACAAUGAAACGUGUGAUUGCCAAUUUGUAUUAUAUAGAUAUUUCGAAUUCAUAUAUGCAUUCACAAUCCUUGAA